AAGAAAACAUACAAUUCCUUGUACAAUGAUUAAAUAAGCAAUAGGUUCCUACAAAAUGGUUAUUCCCUUGUGAAGAAUGAUUCAUAGAUAAUUCCAGUGAGAGAUCCAUAUUGAAAUAAAUUAACACAAAAUGGAUAUUGUAAUAGAUGCAUCUCCACAUCCAUGGGAACCGUCUCAACCAUAUAUGGCUAGGAUGAAUUCCUUUUGCUAGGGACGGUCCACAUGUGCACAACUCUUAGGAGGGCGCUGCCGUAAUCCACAAACGCUUCUUUGAGUUCCAUCACUCCCUGACAAGUCACCACCAUGAGUGCCGACGUUGCGCCUCUGUUCACGUCAAGCGCCGGUUUUCCGAUGAAUCCCAUCAGUUUUUCUCGGACCGCCCUUCUCCAUCCGCUCUUCCGCAGAACCGCAAGGCUCACUGCUCCGCUGAUUCUCUCCGGGAAUCCCACGGCAGCUCGAAGAUCCGUAAGUGCUGCUCUGAACGCGGAGGAUGCUUCCAUGACGGAGAAACUUGAUACUCCGGUGAGGAUAGUAGCUUUUGUCGGCGACGGCAGCGUCAGCCCCCUCAAGUCCACUCCUUGGCAUGACGUCAUGCUCCACACCGCACAAAGGUUGAAGUGGGUUGAUGAACAGUAUGAAAUGCACGUUUUUAUUGAUAACUUUUAUCAGUCUAACAAUGAAAAUGCCAAACGUGUUACAGAGGAAGUGUGCCGAUCAAAUGUUAUGGUCGUCGUUGCUGUUACAAAUGAAGAAUCAGUCAAAUGGAUUCAAGAACAUGGCUAUUUUGUCCCAAAUAUCAUAUGUUUCGAGUCAUCUGCAGCAUUAGCAAACAAGCUCGGAGGGCUAGUUAUUGAAACUGAAACUAAGGGGAAUAUAUUUGGAGGUUUAUCUUCAAUUUCUCAAUGGAAGAAACUAGACGAAUCCAGGGAAGUGGCCAAAACUGUGUCUUUAGCUUGGGAUAGGCAUAAUUCUGAUGAUAUACGGUUUUGUUUGUUGGUUAUAAUCAAUGCUUAUAUAACUCCAGUUCCAACAUUGAAGAACUUAAGAGCAACAGGCUUCUCUACCUUAAACUGCAUGUUGAAAAACUGUGGGGCCCAGAUACUGAACUGCCUUUUGGAUCCUAACUGUAGAAAAGCCAUUUGGUGCUUAAACCAGUGCAGCGCAGUGGACCAGGUAUGCAAUUACACAUGUAUAGCUUCGUAUGAGAGCCCAUACCUGGAAGAGUUCUCUCUUUGUGUACUUCAGAAGAACAACUGCUUAGGGUUGGACGUGAAAAUCCCAGAAAAACCUCAUGUAGCUCCGUUGUCAGAGUUUCGUGGGCAAAAAUUGUGUCACGAGACAGCAGAGGAUCUUUUCGUGGGUUGGUUGGGGAAAUUGGAUUGGAGUUGGCGUGUUGUGGCUGGGCAAAACCCAGCCUAUGAUCAAUUCCCAUGCCAAUACCAAUUAUUCUAUAGAGGAAAAGCAAAGGGAUCGUUUUGGUACGAACCAGUCUUUCAGGUUAGGACACUUGAUAGGGGGGCUCUGGUGUGGAGAAGGCGAAAGUACAGAGUAAAAAGAGGGAAAGUCCCAGGGACAUUUCGCUUCAGUGUCUUGGAUAAUGGAGUUGUUUCAAAUGAGAUAUGGACGAUUGUUGAUGUUUGUGAGGAUCUAAGCUGGGGAUUGUUUCACUACCAUGGGGCCGCUCGAGUGGCAGGGCAAACAUACUCCGGGGCAGUGCUGGUCAGCCCAGACGGUGUGUAUCCCGAUGAGAAACAACACCGCCAGAGAUUGAUAGCUGCAUUGGAUAGGUGCUGUAUCAAAGAGUGGGAGCUCUUCAUGGUUGAUAAUAAUUGCUCAUGUCAAGAUCCGCCUCUAUGUCUUCCUGAGGGGUGUAGUCUACAUUAUAAUGUUGAUGUAGAUCAUAGCAGGAAACAAGUGUCACUUUAGUUGGUCCCCAGGCAUCGAUAGAUCUUAGGUGCCAACAACCUUGCUGUCCAUAAUAUUACAAUGGGAAAAUGUCAUGGUCAAGGGUUCCAUCAUGGAAAAUUCCCUCCGUCCCAAUAUUAUCUUCAUUCUUCUUUUUUACGUUCGUCCCAAUAUAAACUCAUUUUUCCCUUUUUGGCAAAGAACGUGUGGCUCACAACAUGUGUUUCCACUUUCUCUUUCCUCUGCACAAUUUUAGGCCACACAUUUCCGAGUUUUAAAAUCUAUGAGGCAAGUUUGAUCACGAGUUAAUAUUGGGACGGAGAAAGUAAUAAUAACAAAAUGAUGUGUCAUGAAUCAUGGCCAGUGUAUAAUGUAUAUACAGAUAUACUGGAGAACCUGAUAUACUCUUUCUUCUUAAUUUUUAGUAGUUUC